AUGUGUCGUAGCGCGCAGUGGGAUAUAAGGAUUACAUUCGGUGUGGCACGUCAGAAACAACAGCUGCACACCAUCAUCACCACCAAUAUUGUGUGCGGACCGUGCGGCACCCUCCGUCUGACGACGCCGUGCAUGGUGGACGGAGCAUGCAAGAAGCAGUUCUCAAAGGCCUUACGGUCCAUCACGGAGGUGGACGAUACGGGAUACCCCCGGUACCGGCGCCGCAGCCCCUGUAACGGAGGACGCAUGGUGCAGCUCGCCGGCCCGCCGGGCGGCGCCGUCGACGUCGACAACCGGUGGAUUGUGCCCUACAAUCCGUUCCUCAGUCGCGCCCUGGACGGCCAUGUCAACAUGGAGAUCAUCACCCACGCCGUCGUGUGCAUACGGUACGUCAUCAAGUAUGUCACCGAGGGCGGAGACCAGGUGAUGUUCCGGGUGUCGGCUGGGGACGAGGUGGUGGACGAGAUCGCCACCUACCAGCAGGGCCGCUACCUGAACGCCAUGGAGGUGGCGUGGCGGCAUUUCGGCUACCCUGUCCACAAGCACCAACCGCCAGUGCAACAGCUGUCCGUCCACCUGGGCGGCGACGACCAACAGCUGCGCUUCCGCGCCGGCGACAGCCCGCGUCAAGUGGCGGAGGACGCUGGCGCCGACACCAAGCUCACCGGCCUCUUCAAGCGGUGCGCGGAGGACGAGUUUGCCCGGACUCUGCCCUGCCACAGUGUGCCGCACUACUACACGUGGCAGACGGGAGCUCGGUGCUGGCGUCGGCGCCGCCGAGGCACGCCGGACGUUGCCGGCAUCUUCGCCGCUGAAGCCAUCGGUCGCGUCUACGCCGUCAGCCCGCGCGCCGGGGAGGCGUUCUUCCUGCGCCUGCUCCUCCACAACGUGCGUGGGCCGCGCUCCUAUGAGGAGCUGCGCACGGUGGAUGGCCAGCUGCGGCGGCUGUUCGCCGUGAUUGCCGUCGAAGGCCGUGCCAGCUGUGAUCUGCUGCGGCUGUGGCGCACCUUCCGGCACGCCAUGUCCGAGGACGUGCGCCACCGGCUGUCGCGGGUGGGCGGCGGCGGCGGCGUCGGCGACACCGAAGACAUCGACGAAGUCGACGGCAGUGGCGGGGACACCUAG